AUGUCUAAUUUACAAUCAUUAAUAAAUCAUGAUGAUGAUUAUGAUUAUAAUUACAUACCCAAAAAGGAAUUGAAACCACAAGUUAAACAAGAACCGUUACCAUUACCACCAACACAUCAAGGAUACCAACAACAACAACAACAACAACAACAACAACAAGAAGAACAACCACAAUCAUCUCCAUCUCCUCCAAUUUCAUCAUCAGAUAUUAAAUCAGAAGAUUUACCAUCUUCAGUUUCCGAAGAACAAAUAUUAGAAUCAUUUGAAAGAAUAAAAACCCAUUUUCCAGCUGCUAGAAUUAAAAAAAUUAUGCAAAGUGAUGAAGAAAUUGGUAAAGUAGCACAAGCAACUCCAAUUAUAGUAGGUAGAGCAUUAGAAAUAUUUAUGGCUAAUUUAGUUGAACUGAGUAUAUUAGAAGCUAAAAAACAGGGAGUUAAAAGAAUUGGCGUUAAUCAUAUAAAAGCAGCGAUUGAUAAUAAUGAAAAAUUUGAUUUUUUAGUUGAUAUAGUAAAGAAAUAA